GGGAGAAGGGAAAACAAAUUACACUAUAUUGUUGGCGAGCGGUAGCGGGCAUUUGUUUGUUCGUUAUAUAUUUUUUGCUUCGUCAUUAAACUUUUCUCACGGAUCUCAGGAUGUGGAUCGAGGUCUUUGGACUGUCUUGUCUUCUUAGUGUUUUGGAGGCACAACAACUUCCAACAAAACCCACUGUUAAUCCAGAAUGUGGUGGGAUGAGAGCAGCUACCAAGAAUUUGAAAGCUGGCAUCCUCAUGUUACUCAAAGAACCUAGCGACUGCCAACCAAAUCCACACUGCACAGGAGUGAAGUGCACAUGGUCUGAUGGUGGCUACCUUGAAAUUGAUCUUCAUCACUGUUCUGAACCAGUCAACUAUCAUGUAUAUUUAAAUGCCCCAGGGAAACAUAUAUCAAAAAACAUUACUCUGAAAGAGGGUGAUGAGAAGGAGCUUUAUCAAAAAUUUAAGAUACAUGUGACAGAGCUGUCACGGAAAGGGAACAUAGUAACAACGACGGUGAAACUAGAAACGUGUUGGGUCCCAUCUCGAUGUACACCUGUAUACACACUGUUGGACCAGAAAUUCUGUGUGAGAAUGCAGAACUGUCCAGGAUUCAAUGCAAGUGCUACUCAUUACAAACCAUGUGGUUACAAGCCUACAGGCCCUCCCAUUGACCGUUCUACUCACCAUACUUACAGAAGUACUCCUUCAGCAGAACCCAUGCCUGAAGGACAUUCUACAGGUUACCCACCUACUGGUAGCAUUGGUGCUCGUAAAGGAAAACAUCCCAAAGAUGACUCUAAGAAGUUGUCCACUGCUGCCAUCAUUGGUAUCUGCGCAGCUUCUGUGUUUGCCAUCCUGAUCGUGCUGGCUGCUGGAGUGUACUGGAAGAAAUAUCAUCACCGCUCUCGCCUGCGAGCUGCUUACUACAACGACAUAUCAAUGCAUGAUCCCUUGUACGAGGACUUCGGUCCGGAGGUUGCAUAAGCUAGGCAUAGCCCUGAUUUGCACAUCCGCCAUGGCGGAAUUGUAUUGAGAAUGAAUAGUUUUAAAGGAGCUAUGUCUUGAACAGCGAAUCUUGGAAAAAAUUGGCCAACUUUUUCAACUUGCCUUAGUUUCGUUAAUUGUAACGAUUCUUGUUCAUUUUCGGUUUAAUACUUUUCUUUUGUGUUUUUCUACUUUGAAAAGGUGUUAUUUGGAGAUUUGUGUCAAUUUGAAAGUAAUUUUGUACAACAGGAAAAAAAUGACUUGAGGUCUUGCGGCAUAGCUCCUUUAAUGGUAAUCUUUUUUUUUGUUGUUUUUUGUUGUUGUUGUUGUUGUUGUUUAUUUGUUUGUUUUGGGUUCUUUAGGUGCAAUCAGCUUUUAAUAUCACAACAAUUGCUUAUGACGGGUCGUUACUUUAUGAAAGACGCAAUCCUUUGAAAAAUGAGUACAUUUAUUGUUUCAAAAGAUGAAAAAGACUGUUUGUACACAGUUUGUAGCUUUAAUGCUGUGUGUACGAAGCUAUUGUUUCAAACGCAAUAUAGUUAAGAGUCCUAACUGACAGGAGGCUAACCAGUUGCAUGCUGUGUACAUGGUAUGGCCAGUUACUUCAACUCGUCACUACCAAGGACAAAUCGAGUAAGCGGAAAGAUGGCGGGCUUGAACCCGAGAACUCCAGGUUCUAAAACCAGCGCCACAACCGUUUGGCCAAGCUGCUUACCUCCUGCUUUUUUUUCCAUAUUAGCAGAAUGAUGAUUUCCAUAAGUUACUUCACUUUGUUUUGUUUAGUCAAGAGUUGAAGUACGUGUGGAGGGGACAUAAUUUAGUGCACAAAAAAACCCUCCCUGGAAGGCCUUGAUUGAUCCUAACGGUUCAAUAUCAUUUUCUUAUAUUUUCCAUCCAAGAUUGGUAUUGGGUCGAGAUGAUUCCCCUGACACGGUCAAGGCCUUGAUUCUUAUAAGCUGUCGGAUGAAUUUGGUAUAAAAAUAAUUGAGAGAAGUUACAGAUUAAUCACUGGUGACAAGGGUUGAAAUUUUCAAGGUUCUUGGAUCGCAUUGCCGGCACAAUGUGACCAGGGCAAAUGUUUUCAACAUUCCUCGGUACAAGGUGACGAGAUACGUAUGAACAGAACGUAAACAAAGUGUUUCAAAAGAACAUCUUGACUUUAAAGUUGGUUAUACCAAGUAGAUCAUGUACUUUGGUACACGAUAAUUUAAGCAUUUCAGGGGAAAAAAACAUAUUGGUUUACUUCAAAGCUAGAUUGAACAAAGCAAAGCCCGAAGCCCUUCUUUUAUUCAUGUAAUUCGCUGAUUGCACAACGUAUUUAAUAUAAUACAAAUAAUAAGCUUAAUCUCUUUUUAGUAUCAGCUGUAUGGUCUAAAAUCAAUGUUUGGAGUACCGUAAGGCACACAGGCGCUACUAAUCGGAGGCUACUGUGAAAACAAAGUACGAAACUUUAGGCUUUUUAUGUACGUGUAUCAUGACCUUUCACAAGCUUAACCCCAAAAUCAAUGGUUGGAGUACCGUAAGGCACAUAGGCGCUAGUAAUCAGAGGCUACUGUGAAAACAAAGUAUGGAACUUUAGUCCUUUUAUGUACGUGUAUUCUGACCUUUCACAAGCUUAACCAUAUCGAUACCUUUAUUGCACUGUAGUCGCUGUAGGCUAAAGCAAAAUUCAUUUUUGUGAUUACAAUUUGUUCCUGUCAGGCGCUGGCGUGACGAGCCUGAGCUGUCACGCAAACGUCAAUUUAGAAGGAAGAAUUCCUUGUAUAAGUACAACCAACUUAAUAUAGCCCUUCAAAUAAAAGAACAAAUGUUUUCUGCUUUUCCACGGUUAUAUAAUGAUAAUCGGUGCUAUAGCAAAUCGAUUUUUUUUUAAUUUAGUUAGUAUGACUAUGGAAGUAUUUAGUUAUCCAAGUCUACCAUUUUACGUUUUUGUUGUAUGCUAUUUAUUGUACUUGUAACAAACUGUGAUAUGUACAUAGUUUAUUUAGGGCUUGGGAGGCGUGCUAAAAAUAUGGACGGUUGUACUCAAUUGAAUUUGUUAAUGUUUUUAAAGUUGCCUUUUUGGGAGUAAAUGAAUAAACGUAGUCACUGUGCACCGGUAAUGAAUA